AUGUCCUUCCCCAGUAGCUCUCCUGCGGCCAACACCUUCUUAGUGGACUCUUUGAUUGGCGCGUGCAGGACGGACAGCUUUUAUUCCGGCACCAGCAACAUGUACAUGCCGUCCGGAGCAGACAUGGGAACUUACGGAAUGCAAACCUGUGGACUCCUGCCGUCUUUCGGCAAAAGAGGGGAGGUCAACCACCAAAAUGUGGGCAUGAAUGUCCACCAGUACAUACCUCAGAUAGAAAACUGGACCGAUCCGAGCAGAGCGUGCAGGAUCGAGGGGUCCAGUCAGAUGUCAAACUGUACAUUUUCACAGAGCAUUAAAGAGGAGAGUAACUGCUGCAUGUAUUCUGAUAAAAGAGUCCAAAAAAUCAGCUCUUCAGAGGCUUACUCUCAUGUUAUUCCUGAGUCUGAUGGUCCAGAGAUCCCAGUCCCGGGCUACUUCAGACUGAGCCAAACUUACGCGAACGGGAAGCACCAAGAAAACUACCAGCAUGCGCCGCCGAGCCCAACCCCAACACUCAUGCAGCUUAACCGGGUCACCCCCAAACCACAGCCCUCCUCUUCUUCAUCUUCAGCCUCUUCAAAUUUCGCAGAAGUGGAAAAGAAAACUGAAGAAAUCCCUCAGAACCCUGAGACCUCACUGACGCCGGUUCCUGCAGAAAGCCCGGAUCCUUCUCAGUCCAGCUCCGGGGAGAAGAUGUGCUCCAUGGACGUGUCUGUGUCCAGCCCUGAGCUGCUGCAGCAGGAAGGGAAAGGUGGGUUGGCUAUACAAUGAAAGCUUUUAUCUUGUGGCGCUUCUGCAGUGAAGGCACCGGCAUCAUAAAAGCAAGAAUAAAACACAAACAGCCCUACAGUCGUAAUGUUUAAUGAGAGGCUUUCUCAGGUUGCAGGAGCAGGGAGAAGAGAAUGGCUUUACCAGGCAGCAUGCGCACUCUGUGUAUCCCUCUAUUUAAUCCAGACUAAUGUGCUUUUAUUUUUAUUAUCUGUUUGCAUGUGGCACAGUUUUCACUAACUAAAAAUGGUAACUUUUAAGCUCGUAUUUAGACGCUUGAUUUGGUGCGUAAAAGUAAAUUUAAUCAGCAAGUUAUCCUGAUAAAACUGCAGAGUUGUGUGUGAUUUUGGUUUGAGGGGCUAUAGUGUAGAGAAGACUAGAAAACCCAAGAAAUCAAUACAUGAAAAUUACAUUUAUGGUUGUAAAUUUAAGCAUUGUAGCACAAGGUAGAAAUGCACUUUUGAAACAUGAAAAGUCUAUUUUUCUGAUGUGCGCACUGAGGUUCAGUCAUGUUUCAUUUUAAUUCGUGGUGGUAAGUACGUGACUCAUCACACCCCCUUCUUUUAAUCUAAUCUGGAAAACAUUAAGAUUGUGUUAUUUCCCUGAGGUCAAAUCUAAAAUCAGCACGUGAUCUUUUUUCUUUCUUUCAAAGAUUAAAAAAAAAACUUGACGUGUUUUAUUCGUUCCCCUCACAGAUUGUAAGACUGACACUCCGACCAGUAACUGGCUCACAGCGAAGAGUGGCAGGAAGAAAAGGUGUCCCUACACAAAGCACCAGACCUUGGAGUUGGAGAAGGAGUUUCUCUUCAAUAUGUAUCUGACCCGAGAGCGCCGCCUAGAGAUCAGCCGGAGCGUUAACCUGACCGACAGGCAGGUCAAGAUCUGGUUUCAAAACCGCAGGAUGAAGCUGAAGAAGAUGAGCAGAGAAAACCGCAUCCGUGAACUCACCUCAAACCUCACCUUCUCGUGA